AUGGCGGCAUCUCCCACGUCCCCGGAUGGACGUACAGGCAGGCAGGCCAUUGCUAUCAAUCUUGCGGAGCUCCCUUCGGAGCCUGAGUCAGACGGAGAGCCGACGGCUUUCCCCGGGGCAGGCCCUUGGUGGCCGCCACACGGUCCCCCGGUACCGGUACCAGUCAAUGAGCCGCCCGGGGAACGUAUCCACAGGGAGGCCACGGACAUGUUCAACCGUCUGGUCUCCCAGGAAGUCUCCUGUGCAGUUGCGGAUACGCUGGCUAGACGGGGCGUUUUCAUGAACCUGGCUGUCACCUGCGUCGAACCUGCUGCAGUUGCCCAGGGGUCCAUGGCCAUCUAUGUUCGCCCACUCGCACCUCGGGAAGGCGAACACCCCUGGACUGUCUACGUGAGUCAGGACUUCGCGGACGAAGGCUCGGCGGCCGAGGAGGCCAGCGUCGCUGCUGGGCCCGGGGCGCGAGGCGAUCGGUUCGUUUGCGCAAUGGUCGACGCCAAGCCCGGCCUCUUGGAAGGGGGCGGAAUCACCGGCGUGCGACGUCGCUGCCGAGAGUUCCCAGCCUGCGCCCGUCUUCUGGUUGCCCUAGCUAGGAUUGCCUUCCCCGGUUUUAAGUUUACAUCAGUUGGCCUUUUCCGCAACAUGCAGACUGCUCUGCACAAAGACGCCAACAACUUGCCGGCAUCUCGUAACGGGAUCUGCGCCCUCAGUUCCUUCGAAGGAGGUCAGUUGCGUCUUCACCGUGCCGAUGGGCCAGUGAACUUGUCACUCAGUGAAGGACCACUUCAGUUUGACCCCUUUCUUGAGCACGAGACACUGCCGUGGGCUAAUGGUUUAAGGAUUGUUUUGGUUGCCUUUUCGGUGAGCCGCCUCGAGCGCCUUACACCGGAACACCGGGCAGUGCUGACUGCAUUCGACAUUCCUAUGCCGCUUUCUAAGGACCAGCUUGGGCCCGCAUCGCAGUUCUCUCAGGACCAAUCUAAGCCAGCUUCGCAGUGCCCUCAGGACGAUGGAGAGGCCGGCAUGUUCCUUGAAUUGUUCGCCGGCACAGCCCGCUUGAGUCAGGCAUUCACGCGCUUGGGUUUCCAAGCUCUGGCUUUCGAUAAGGUCUGCAGGUCCAGCCAUCCCGUUCAAGCACUCGAUUUCGCUGAUCGGUCGGAGUGUGAGGUCGUGCUGCAAUUGAUCCAGGACCAUGCCUCUUCAUUGCAGUAUGUGCACAUGGCACCGCCUCAGGAAACUUGCUUGGCUGCCCGGAACAAGGAAUCCGCAAAUAACCCGGCCCCUCCGGCCCGGUCUCCCGCGCAACCCUUAGGUCUACACGAACUGCCUGAAUCGUUGCAAAGGAGAGUCGCUGAAGCCAACGACCUUUACAUCUUCUGUCGUGAUGUGUUCCUGCUGUGCCGGACCUUCAAUAUUCCAGUUAGUGUGGAGGCUCCCGCCUCCUCCCUCUUUUGGCUUCUGCCGUUCAUUCAGGACCUCUUGUCAGGUGCCGAUAAUCACGUCGUAGAUUUUCACGAGUGCAUGCAUGGUGGUGAUCGAGAUCGCAAGCUUCGAUGGCUUUGCUCGGCUCCAUGGUUCAAGCCCUUGGGGCUUUCGUGUAACCGCCAGCAUUCGCAUGCGCCCUGGAAUGCAGCAUCCGAUGCAGGAACCAAAGGUGCCUAUCCACCUCUCUUGUGCGCUAGGGUCGCCGAGCUAGUUGCUUCUCAGGUCUGCGGAAUUCCUACGGCCCCAUCUUUGUUCGGGCCAGCCAGCUCCGUCACACGGCUGGCUUAUGAGAAACAGCCCCGUAAGCAACGGGCCUUAGUCAGUGAGUUCGGCGCUUACGAUGCUUGGGCUGUGCCGCUGGGCUUAACUGCCUGUCCGCCCGCCUUGUUGAAAGCAUAUCCUAAAGGUGCUCGUGCUGUCCGUCGCAAGCUUUUGCAUUGGGGUCAGAUACGGGCUUGCGUCCUUCCUAGCCUUGAUUUCGCCGUGCUUGAAUCCACUUUGGGAUCCAACUGGAAAUGGAGUAUGGACUCACAUGCUCCCCCUCUCGAGGAAGGGGACCAGCCCAUUUGCAAAGUUUGUGGAUUCAUGAGUGACUCGACCUUUGAAGAUUUGUGCGAGGUACUCUGGAUAGAUAGGCAUUCCCCGCACCCCGUCAGACUUCGUGCAGCAAGCAGUGUUGGCGGGCCACCCCAAAAGGAUACUCGAGGCUCAGAUCGAUGA